UGAAGUUCAAUGGCAAGAAGCAAUUUAAGAAAGCCAUGACAAGGUAUGUCCUUGCUGAAAAGAAGGUGGUUAAUUUUAUGAAAGAUGAUCACAAGAGGGUUAGGGUCACAUGUGACUGGGAUAGCUAUCCAUGGGUGUGUUUAUUGUCCAAGAACUCAAGGUCAGAUAGUUGGCAGAUUGUGACUUAUGAGAGUUUGCAUGCAUGGUCCACCAAGGAGGGAUAAUAAAAUUGUCACAACUGGCAGGAUAGCUGAGAAAUACUGGAAUUCAUAGCUGCCAUCCCUUCAUGGAACUUGUCACACAUGAAGGCCACAGUACAAGAAGAGAUGUUUGCUGAGGCCUCUAUUUCCAAGCUGAAGAGAGCAAAGUCUAUUGUGAUGAAGAAACAGAUGGAUGCCACAAAAGGACAGUAUCAGAAGCUGUUCAACUACCAGCUUGAGUUGUUAAGAAGUAACCCUGGGAGCACAGUGGUGUUUUCUAUUGGACUAACUUUUAUGUUUAUGUAGGGAAUUCUAAAUGCUAUUGAGAAAUGUGCCCCUGAAGCUGAGCAUAGGAAUUGUGCUAGGCAUAUCUAUGCAAACUGGAAGAGACAUUUCCCUGAUAAGCAGUACCAGAAGAAGUUCUGGAGAUGUGCAAAGGCCCCAUGUAGAAUGCUUUUCAAUCUUGCAAGAGCCAAGCUAGUUCAAGUUACACAGGCUGGAGCCCAGGCCAUCCUCAACACCCAUCCACAGCACUGGAGCCGAGCCUGGUUCAGGUUAGGUUCCAAUUGUGAUUCUGUUGACAAUAAUAUGUGUGAAUCAUUUAACAAAUGGAUAUUGGAAGCAAGGUUUUUUUCCCCAUAAUCACAAUGCUAGAAACCAUUAGAAGGAAAGUAAUGGUUAGGAUAAAUGAUCAGAGGAAGAAGCUAACUAGAUGGACCACUGUGAUUUGUCCAGGCAUACUAAAAAAACUGAAUGUGUACAUCAUUGAGUCUGCUUUCUGUCAUGCAAUCUGCAAUGGUGACAAUAAAUUUGAGAUCAAACAUCAUGACAAUAGAUUCACAGUCCAACUAGACAUGAGAGACUGUUCUUGUAGAUAUUGGCAGUUGGCUAGGUUGCCAUGCCUUCAUGCGAUUGCAUGCAUCUACUACAGAACAAACAACCUAGAUGAUUACAUUGCCACUAGCUACUCUGUGGAAUCAUUCAAAGCCACAUAUGCACAUUGCCUAGAGCCAGUAGAAGGGAUGUCUGCCUGGCCUGAGGAUGAUAGGGAGCCCCUUACUGCUCAUGGGUAUAUCAGAAUGCUUGGAAAGCCAAAGAUAGAGAGAAGGAGAGAGAUGCAUGAGCCAGCAAAGCCCACAAAAAUGUCCAGGUUUGGCACAAGGCUGAGAUGCAGCAAAUGCAAAUUAGUUGGGCACAAUAAGUCCCGCUGUGGGAAACAAAAUAGUGGGACGGGUCCUAGCACAGGAGGUUCUAAGCCACCAACAACUCAGAAUCAGCCACCAUCCAUUUAGAAUCAGAACCUGGUUCUGUCUAACACAACUCAAAGCUAUGCUCAAAGUAGAAGAGGAAGUCAGUUGCACUAAGUGGACAGAGUUCAAGCCUUCAAACCAUGCCCAAAAAAGCUAAGACAAAGACUCCUAUGGAUUCCUAGAACAAGGUGAGGGUGAAUGCCAAGGCCAAGGUUUCUGCCCAACAUGGUGGUUCAGCUAGGAUUGAUCUACAAGCAAUUGUUCCUUAUUCACAGAGUUCUACCAGUGCAUCAGUGAGAGUCACUUCAGGGAGUGCUUCUAUCUGCGUGUCAGCUGAGGAACCUGCAUAUGCCAAAUCAAGGAGGAAGACAAGCGGUGCCUUGCUGCUAUUGCCAUGGGAGUCUGACAAACUUUGAUGAAGAUUGUAACCUUGUGAUGUUAUGCAACAUGUGUGUUGCAGGGCAUGCAGCCCUUGUAUCCAGUAGUACUAUUGUUUAGUCCAGAUGUUAUGCAACCUUAUGUGCUGUUUGGCUGUGAUGUUUGGCCAUGUAUCAAGUACUCUGUCUUUUGUAUUGUUUGGCUUCCAUUUAGGAACCUGUAUGAACCCCUGUCAGACAUAUUUAUGUGCUUAUUGCCAGACUUUUGCUUCAUA